UCCAGUGAGGAAAAAUAGGAGCAGUGUGUGCCUUCCAUAGCCAAGGGUUGCCAAGGGUUUCGUGGUCUCUUCUGGCUCGCUGAUCAAUUCACACCACCGGGAAACACAAACAGCGAAGAACCCUAAACGCACAAUUUCACAUCACAUCGUCAGCCCAAACGCAGCGUUUCGCUCUAAAUGCUUUGCAACAGAGUGCUAGCUACUUGCUGAGACUCACUGCGGUGCGAUGGCUCUCCCACUCGGCAAGCUCACCAUUCUCAUCGGUGCAGGUGUUGUUGGUUCAGUAAUUGCUAAGGAAGGCAGUCUGCCUGACUUUUCUGGUCUCGUCUCCGGUGCUUUCAAGGUUGUUUUGAAUCAAUUCAAAAGCAGUGAUCCUGCUCCAGCUGUUAAAAAGCUGCCAUAUAAUGAUGCUUUGAUGGCUCAGGUAAACAGUCUUCGUCAGGAACUACAGCUUCUUGCUAGAGAUAGAUCAAUCACCAUUGUAAAUGCAAGUGGGACAGGUGGAAAAAAAUAUGUAACAGUGGUUGUUAUUGUUGUGGUUGGAUAUGGAUACGUAUGGUGGAAGGGAUGGAAGCUUCCUGAUUUGAUGUUUGCAACUAAACGUAGUCUGUCUGACGCUUGCACAUCUAUUGGUAAUCAGAUGGGGAAGCUGUAUGGAACAAUUGAUGACGUAAAGAAGAAAUUAUCUUCAAGAAUGAACCGUUUGGAUGAAAAUUUAGACGAAUGUGCUGCCCUUACUGAAAGUACCAGGGAGGAGAUAUCCGUAACUCAACAGAAGGCAGACACGAUAAGUGGAAAUUUCAAGUCUGUUCAUGUUGCAGUCCGUGUUCUGGAAUCUAGAAUUAAAGAAAUAGAAGAGAAGCAGGUGGCCACAACCGAAGGAGUGACCAUGUUGUGUCAAUUUACCAAGACUUUGGAAAAUAGCAGACCCACAGAGUAUAUCCAGCCAUCAUCAUCCAGUUCUUCCAGGCCAGCCAUUGAACUGCCACCCGUUUCACCCUCUUCCAGGGGUUCACAGUCGGGUUCGUCUAGGCUGUCUCUUGAGCUACCAUCUGUUACGCCAUCAGCUAAGGCUGGAUCACCAUCAACAGUAUCGACUGAUCAACCAUCUCCAUCAAAUUCCGGUGGAUCUGUCCAGGAGAGUAGAACCAAUGGAUCUAGUUCUGGCUUGUUUGGGCUGAGUAGGUUAUCUGGCGUCUAUGCUCCAUUUCUGAGCAGAACCCGCAGUGCCACAGAUUCAGUAGUCCAACAAACUCGUUCGACUAGUUAACAGUAAUAGCAUGUCCCUUUUUCCUUUUUUUAUUCUGCAGUAAACAACCAUAGAUUAUUGGACCUAUGGUGGGGGUGAAAAUCCUCACCAGUUGGUGACUGUUCAAAAGAAGUAUGCACCAUCAAUUAUAGUAUGCCCAGGCCAGAUUAUAAACGACUGGGCAUUGAAUUUUGCAGAGAUGUUUCUCUCGAGUUUCAUUAGGAUUAAACUAAAUAAGAAUCUGUCCAAUAUUGAACUGGGAAAGCUGGUCAAGGAAAGAGUGACCAUUGAGUUGUCGCGAACUCUUUUGUUCAGCCUAUUAUAUGUGAAUUUUAUACAAAUCUUGUUAACAAAUUUUCGCAUAGCCCUAAUUAUACAAAACGGCUUAGAAACCGUUGUAAGUGCAUUUUUGUUGUUUGGAUCAUUCUGUUAUAUGGAUAUAUUAGCAGGUCUGCUGCAUUUUGAUAA